ACUAUUUACAUCGUUGCUAUGACUGUCGGCCUUAUCAAAGCGAUAGAGGUGUUCCGAACGAUUUAAACUGGUACAGGUAAACAAUGACACACAGGUAUACACAGGUAAAACAUUUAAAUCCCCUUUCUGGGUGACAUGCAGUUUGAGUUUAUAGGGGUAGAGGACUACUAGACCGACACAGUAAUAAAAAUCCAGAAUUAACAGGUGUAAACUUAAACGUCACGAUUUCUAGUUUUGAUUGAUUGGAAAUCAAUCUACCAAUAGUUGUUUCAGGAAGAAAAACAAUUCACGUAGAGAUUAUUUUCCGGUGACAUUUCCGGGAUUGGAUUAACAACUUCCGAAGACAAGGAUGUGGCCAGCCGCAUCGUGAAGGGUGGUCACUGCUCCGUUAUGGGAGUUUAUACUGUCGACGACACGGAUGAUGAAGAUGAACCGUCAUCCAGUGUUUGUUGUAUGGGAGGAUGUAUCACAGGUUGUGCUCUAGCAAUACUGCUCCUUGUUAUUUUACCUGCUGGUGCUCUGAUCACAUUUUAUGCUGGGAAUAACGAAGACUAUGUCGUCCUUUCGGUUGGAAUAUGUAUGAUUGCGAUUCCUCUUCUCGCAGUACCAACAUUUAUCUUUAUUUUCAUGAACAGAAGGCGGAUUCUAAAAUUUAGAAAAACAAAGGUUGUUGGUUGUCCUAACUCUUCCGUGGGUAAAGAUAGAAAAGCGCGCUAUUAAUAAUGACGUCAUGGGACAGACUCCAUCUUGGUGAUUUACUUGUGCCAUGGGUAUAGACAACGAUUUCAGAUACACCAAAGUGCUUACAUUUUUGCAAAGCUACAGUUUGUGAUGCGUCAACGAAGAUAUUUUGUUUUCUGUGUUUGGUAAGCUUUGUUUCAGAGUUAAAUAUCUUGUACCUAGCUGUUUAUAUGCGGGAAGUUACACAAGUUCAUAAGCAAAUGCUUCGCAUAUUUGUAAACAUACUCAUGUAAGCCAAUCUUGCUUUGUCUUUGCACUUUAAUGUAUGCAAAAAUACUCUUAUUAAGCAUAUUUGCAUCUUUUCAAGGACUUGCAGGUGCAAAUCUGUUUACCCAUAUGCAAAAGCAAAAUCUGUGUGCUAAAUGAUUCAUCUUAGAUGUUUCUUGAUGGAGAAGGAAGAAAAAAAAUCAGUUUCUUUCUUAAUAAUGAAAUUCUCUAACCAUUAUUUAUCAUUAAAUUUUAUAGAACAUCAUUUAAUUUCGAUCUAGAUUUUUAUCAUAUAUUAAAAAAAUUUUUUAGUUAUACAUUCAACCCUGUAAGAAAACAAAAACCUGUAAUUCCAAAUGGCAUAUACAUUUAAUCAGAAAAAAAAAAUUAAAUUCCUUUUCUCCAGCAUGAAGCCAUAGUUAUGGAAAAUUAUAAGAAAAAAUAUCAAAUUGUGGAUAACUCAUUUAUUCUACGGACUCGAAAUUAAAGGAAAAAACAAUAAGAGUACUGGUGCACACAGGAGGACAUUUGCCUACGAAUAUAUUCAUCACUAUAUUUUAACUUCUCGCCAUACAACUUUGAGUUGUAUACAAAUAUAGGAAUAAGGUAAUUUUGGAAAUCAUUUGUAUUUUUCUACAAUUCAUGAGAUUUUUAAUCUAGCACUUUAAAAAUAUUAAACUUGUACUUUUCCUUUCCUAACAAAAAGCGUUCAGAUAGUUCAUAGAUACAGUCCAUGACGUUUCAUUAGUCAUAAAAUCUGUUACAUUUGCAAUAUCUUAAAAUAAUAUCAUAGUUUAAAGUAAAAUUAGAUGUCGAAAAUCUUGAAUUUUAAUGUCAACAAUGUUAAAUAACUUGCAAGACUUAAGUUAGUCUAUAGAAUCUAAAAAUACUUAAAUCAAUGAUGAUUUUUUUUGGUAUGUUAAAACUUAAAAUUAAGACUUCAGUCUGUUUUAGGUUUAUGGUUAUGGGGUCUAUAUAAAAUAAUUUACAAAAAAAGUUUAUACGCAUACACAUGUGCAAAUGAGUACUCAUCAAUGUUCACAUUAUUUAAAGGUAUUUUAAGUUUCAAAACCUGCAUUAUUAUUGUAGAAAUAUACUUUUCAUUAUGCAUUAAGAAUAUGACGAAAUCCUUUUCAGCUGUGCCAAAAAAUUGUCCUUAAUUUUAUUUUUUUUUUCUACUUUCUGUAUAAUUUCCAAUGUGUGUAUAUUUGUUUAUUUUUUUAUGCUAUUAUCUUUUCUUUCACGUAGCAGCUGGUCUUUAUUUCAAUUCAAUAUUUAUGUAUAUGUAUAGGAUAUUCGAUGCAAUAAAUGGCUUGCUUUUUAAGAGCAGAGUCCGCCAUAAUAUCAGUUGACAUAUCAAUAAAACGUGUUCACAAGAACUAUUAGAGAGAGAGAGAGAGAGAGAGAGAGAUUUGUUUGUUUGUUAUUUAUCACUUCACUCAAGUUGAGGGAGAGAGAGAUUUUUUGUUUGUUUGCUAUUUAUCCCUUCUCUCAUGUAGAGAGAGAGAGAGAGAGAGAGAGAGAUUUUAAAGAUGGAUAGUUGAAAAGAUGUGUAAUUAUAUUUGCUAUGAUUAAAUUAAUUAUGUUAUUUCAUGACGAAUCUCUAUUCGAAUUUAUUAGAUAUCUAUUCUUCGAGAAGAAUCUACUGUUAUUGUUAAUCAAGUUAUGAUCCAAGUUACACGUAUAUCCAAAUUAUAUUGAUGUACUUAAUUAUUUUGUCCUUUGAUAUGACUAUUUAUUUGAGCUGCUAUAUAGAAAUAUGUCUACUUGAACUUUACUCAUAAACACAAAUUCAAUCCAUUUUUUAUGUGUUUUUGACAAAAUUAUGGAAGAAAGUGAUUGACAUUUAAUUUUAAAUAUGAAUCUAUUAAUCAUAGUAAGUUACUAGUAUAUUUAGGCUAUUUCUCCUUGUUUUAGAAAUUUUAAACCACUCUGUUUUUGUAUGUGUUCCGAAUGCAUUAUAAAAGCCUGUUUAUGAAUUAUACAAAUGUAUGUAGUUGGUUCCAAAUAUUGUUAGAUUUUAAAGACAAAUUUAGCCAAUGAUAUCCACUUUUGUUUGAUUUUUCUUGUUUGAAAAAUAAAACCAGAAAUCAGUC